AUGCCUCUAGCGUGUCGAAAGCGAAGGAUCAAGUGCGGGGAGGAGAAACCGCGGUGUAACAACUGCAUCAAAUCGAAGCGGGAAUGCGAAGGAUAUGGGCAGCGUGUGAUCUUCAGAGACCCGGUUGGGCCAAUUCCACAUCUGGGCCCGAUAAGCUCAGCCCGCGACUUGACAGCAGCAAACCAGGGCUUCUUGAAUCGCCAGUUUGUCCAGGCGUUUCACCAUGGCGAGCCCACUGGAGUACGGUCCUUCCUCCCCCUGGCACCUCGACCGUCAGCCUAUGGCCCUGUUGCCGAUGCUUUUGUGAGACAAGAAUUUACAUCCUCUCCGCCUGGAAUUCCACAGCCGAUCCAAGAAGACCAGUACUCGUGGAAUGCGAUCCAGUUUGCCCACCCGCAUCAGCCAGCUGCACAUAACUUCUCCCAGCCCGGACAGAAUAUGAGUACUCACCAGAUUGAUCCGGAUUAUCAACUCGGAGCACCGUACAAUGGCCCAACACUGUUGGAUCAUCCGGAAGACUACCUAUCACACGGGCCUCAAAUGGUAUAUCAGUCCCAGUUUGCUUCGUCCGUAUAUAUGGAUAACGCAUCUUUAUCGCUGACCGAAUCUGGACAAUAUAGACGACAACACAUUCCACCGGACCUGGGCGCGCAUUCUGAUGUAAACCACAACCCCCAGCCCACGGUUGGAAUGGAACCGGAAUUUGACCCUGGAUUCGAAAGUGAUGAUUAUUACGACGUUGAAACGGACGAAGAAUUGGAUGAGCUAGAGUCUAAUAAGCGCUUUGACUCGUAUGGACGCAACGCAAGUAUCUUACCUCGUCAGUUGCUAUCCAGCACUGGCCAAGUCUUUACCUACGAGAGCUAUGAAAGCUUUCUCACAACGUAUCAUCCGUCUCCUCUUGCAUCUCCUCUCCUAGACCCACAGCAUUUCCAGGUGUUUUACCAUUUUAUGACCGUUGCGGGCCCGGCAUUGUCCAUUUUCGAAAGGCAUCCGUAUGUACCCUCGGCGAUAAUGUCUAAUGGAUCUAUCCCACCAGAACAGCAAAACUUGUGGUCAUAUACCCUGCCAACCAUGGCAUUGGAACACCAAGGAUUGCUACAGGCGAUGCUAGCGUUUAGCACACUUCUUAUUGCGAAAACGACGAAUCAACCUCUAACAGCAUGUUUCAGACAUUACCAUUAUGCGUUGAGAAAGGUUGGCAAGGCUGUUGGAUUGCCGUAUCGCCGCAAACAGAUUUCUACGCUUGCUGCCACGCUCUUGCUGGGAUUUUUUGAAGUCAUGGGUGCUGAGCAUAACAAGUGGAACAACCAUUUAGCUGGUGCUGCUCAUCUAAUUCGAGAAACCGAUUUUGCCGGGAUGACUCGCGAUAUUCGAGCUAUGAGAGCCAGAGCGGCGUCAGAACAGUGGCUGCCACAAGCACAAGGGAUUUGGACGGGGCCUUCCACGUCGUAUCUAAGAAGUUAUUUUGAAAACGAUAUAUUCGCGCCAGUCGAGUCCGACAUUGAUAUAGCGCUCAUUAACACGCUGACGGGAAAAGCGAUAAACUAUGAUGAGUUUGGUCAAGUGGGCAGCCCAAAGAAGAAGCCGGAGACCAAUUUAACCCCCAAAGACGUGGAUGACUAUAGAGUUCGAUGCGACCUGUAUUGGUGGUAUUGCAAACAGGAUGUGUUUCAUAGCAUAAUUAGUGGGAAUGCACUCUUGCUGCCGUACGAUCGAUGGGGUGAAUGCCCGCCCAGAGCCGGUGUAGGUAAGCUUGAUGCGGCUUACGGGUCCAUGGAUCAUUUGAUACUGCUCCUAGCGAGGAUCAGUACGUUUGUCUUCAAGGAUCGGAAGCGAAAGCUGAAGUCCUCCUAUGUAUGGCAUGGUCCCGCCUUCUGCGACAAGGCUCCCAUCAGCCUUUGA